AUGGCGGCUAGUGGGCUUUCCCGAGGUUCAUCCUACGCUAGCGCCACGAAAGCAGGCGCACACGAACAUGAACGUCACGCUAUAAACACGGAAGGUAAGCCUGUUUUCAUCAAGCACAGUGAUAUACCUUUGUCCAAGGACAAUGCCGUAACAAGCCAGGAAAUGUAUAAAGCCCUGACUAAAACAUUUUCCUUCACGAAAUUGCGUGGCAUUCAGAAGAUAGGAGGACUUUGGAGGUUAUACUUGUCGGAUCAGAAAAGUAGAAUUGACCUCAUAUCAAAAGGUCUAGACUUACGAAACUCAUGUGUCACUGUCUUUGAGCUAAACCCAUACCUACCUGCAAGCCAGGGCAACCUAACCAGAGUACUGAUCAAAGAUUUGCCAUUAUCUGUUCAUGAUGAUGUUAUCUUGAAUGAAUUCCAAGCUAGGAAAUUGAAAAUAGUGGGAAAGAUCAUACUGCAAAGACUUCGAGUCGAUGGUAAACUGACAGAAUGUCUAACCGGGGACAGAGUGUUAUACAUCGAAAACCCCUCCCAAUCCCUGCCAAGGUUUGUCAAUUUUGGCGCCUUCAAAGCGAGGGUGUUCCACCCAAAUCAGGUCACCGACGACAAUACGACCACGGUUUGUUCGAAUUGUCUGGAAAGGGGCCAUCACCGUUCCAAGUGCAAGAAUGAAGUCAUCUGCCGCUUUUGUCACAAACCUGGCCACUAUCAGAGAGACUGCACGACUACAGACCCAGACCCUUCCCCAGCUUCACGUGACGACACCGCUCAACCCGGAAUACAGGAUGCCUCAUCACCAUCUACCAAACGAGAUCAACCGCCAAAUGUAGCGCAACAAAGCAUGAUCACGACAUUCUUGCAGAAAGAACGAGAGGCAGUUAGCAAGGUCACGGAAAAUGUGGUUCCCACCUUCGAGUCGCAAUCUUCGAACGACGAUUCUAGCAACGACGGGGAUGAUGAGAGCGAACCGUCAAGACCCCGUACCCGUAUUCGCGAUCGAGCGUCAAGCGAUACAACAUCACAAUCGAAGAUAACACGUUUCGUCUCCGCUACACGCAACCCGCAACAAGAUCUUUUCAGCAACAAUCCGCCGCUUCUACAAGACCAAGCUUCUGGAGUUUCUUACAGCGAUACACCAGUGCAAAGUCAACAUCACGCUAAUGGUCAUGCUGAUUCUCGUUUCUCUGAUGUCUCAGCUGAGUCACCAGAGUUUGAGGACGAGUUUGUUGUUUAUUCUCCCAAACAACAAUGCAUUCGUUAUCUGGUCGAGUUCAGCUUCGAUGACGAUGACGAUGUGGUCUAUGGCUACGACUACGAUGAGGAUGACGUCAAAGACGACGAGGUGGAAGAAGAAAAGGAAACCCUUGAUAAAAUCGAUUUGGCUGACGUGCAGUGCUGUCAAGAUCCAGUCAGUAGAACAGCAACUGGUCUUGUUGUGGAUAACAGUAGAGAGGGCGUCCUACUUGAACAGGUUCAUGUCAGAGGCCACAUCACUGAUCUUGCGGCAAAGAUCACAGUCCUGCAAGUUUACCAGAACACUGUUGGUGGGACAGACGUUCCGGAAGCUCGCUAUGUAUUUCCUUUGGAUGAAAAGGCAGCCGUGUGUGGUUUUGAAGCAUUCAUCAAUGACAGGCACGUAGUGGGUACGGUGAAGACCAAAGAGAAAGCAAAGGAAGAAUACCAGGAGGCCAUCCGGGAGGGCCAUGGGGCCUAUCUGAUGCAAGAAGAAGCUGCGAACGUUUUCUCGGUCAGCAUCGGUAACCUCCCUCCGAAUGCAAAAGUGGUGAUCAAGAUUACCUACGUCACCGAAUUGGUAGAAGAGGAUGGAGGCAAGAUGGCGUUCUAUCUUCUUGGUAGUGUUGCUCCUUGGUUGCAGGAGGAAAUUCAUGGCACAAAGCUUACAGAGGAAGCUCAAGCUCUGGUGGGUGUUGCAUCAAAUGAGACCGAUAGGAAGGAGUCUCUUCAGCUUACAGUCGAGAUGCCAUCUGAUAUCUCAACAGUUCAAUCUCCGACGCAUGCGAUUAAAGUAAAGCGGGAGAAAACGAAGGCUACCGUCACUUUGGGAGAUGGUGUGGGUCUUGGAGAUGGUUUCCAACUGCUUAUCGGCAUCCUCAAUGCUAACAAACCAAGGAUCUGGACUGAAUUUGAUCCAUCAAAUAAUUCAUAUGCUAGUAUGGCGGUCUUCUAUCCGACGAUUCAGUCCGAUUCGAUUCCUGACCCGGAAGUUGUUCUCUUGAUGGACUGUUCAACAUCAAUGAAUGGGGAACCCAAACAGGACGCAAAGAAGAUUUGCAAAAUGUUUCUUCAGUCGUUACCAAAGAAGAGCCGUUUCAAUGUCAUCACCUUUGGAACAGAUUUCAUCGAGCUGUUUCCAACUGUCGAACCUACUGGCCAGCAGCAGCUUCAUCAAGCCUUUGAGUUUAUCGAAUCUGCAAGAUCCGUUGGAGGCAGCUCUGAAGGGUGGCGCCCUCUACGUUCCCUCUCCCUUCUUUCAAUGAUGAAGUCCGUUCGAAACGUAUUACUUGUAUCCGACGGUCACCUCACCAACGAGAAGCUGACUUUGGAAAUUGCCUCCAAUUACAAGAGCGUUAACAGGAUAUUCACUUGUGGUGUAGGUUCUGCUGGGAACCGUCACAUUCUUCGUGCUCUGGCAGAUGUCAGCGGUGGUGCUUUCGAAUCCUUCAAUCCAAAGGCGAAAUCUAAGUGGGAAGGAAAGAUUUCUGCCCAAAUUGACCGUUGUCGCCAGCCGUCUGUGAGUUGUGUAAAUGCAAUAUGGCAGACAAAAGAGAACGAGGACGGAGGCAUGAAACCCAAAGAUUUGAUUCAGGUGCCAGCUCAGACGUCUUCAGUCUUUACAGGAUCGAAGGUUCUUCUCUACUCACUUGGACCGAAAGUGCAAGAGGUUCAACUGAAUGUGGAAAUUGCUGGUAAAUCUGUAGGAGAAUCACUCAAAUCACCAAUCGAGUUUGAAGGAUCAUCUUUGACUCUUCAUCGUCUAGCAGGAAGAGCACUAGUUCGUGAUUAUGAGUUUGGGUCAUUUCACCAAGACCACGCCCUUCAUGAGACCCGGAUGUAUGACCUCACGAAGUAUCUUACUGACCUCAGUAUCCGGUUAUCAAUCAUCACACCGCUCACAAGCUUCAUAGCAAUCGAAAAACGGGAUAGAAAAACCAAACUAGAAACUGCAUCACCAGAUGUUGAUAAAUUAUUGUCUAUAAUCACCCGUGACGAUCUGGAAUCAUUACAUUGGACUGAAGUUAUCUUGGAACAAGAGGGAUCAGCGGAGAGCAAUGUUACAAAAAUUCUGAGACAGGCAAAGAUUGCUCAAUCCAACUUCUCUUAUGCAUCAGCCGAGAAGUACUACAACAGCGCCUUGAACAUGGCUAAAGAAAACGUGACAAGCAUGCAGAGUCUCUUGAAAACAUGUUGCUUGGAACUGUCGAAGUUCACAAUGAGGGUUAAAGGAGAUACAGAGAAGGCAUUGCAAUGGAUUCAGCCAGUCGUUACACAUGUAGUGACAGAGCAAGAACUGGAAGAGGAAGAGAGGGAGGAAGAAGAUUUAGCAAUGGAUACAGCUGCCCGGGAGUAUUCUCGGUUACUCCAAAACAAGGUGCACCAAGGCCCGGCUGAAAAAAUUGUCAUAUCUCGAGCUACAGGAUAUGCCCAGAGAGGUCCAACUGAGAUCAGGCCUAUAAGUCUAGCCAGAAGGGAAAGUUUCAAAGCAGUUAAAUACAAAUCGAGAAGGACAUUUCCUUUCUUUUCGUUCUUGAAGCCAAAGAAGAAGAAAAAGAAUAAAAUGGAACCAAUAUCGUUCGCAAUGCCUUCCGCACUUGCUGAUAAGGGGCAAUUUCGUGGUGGUGUGGUGGGUAUGUCGAGUAAACCUGAAGAAGAGAUAGCAUUGGACCAAAGGGAAUCCAAACCAGUAUAUUAUACGAACAGUGAUACUACACUGGAUCAAGCAACUCUAGAUGAACUCAGGAGGCAAGCUAACCGACUUGAAGAACAGCUAGAAAAAGACGACUCACUUCUAGCGUCGGCCAAAGUGUUUAAAAAGAAGAAAUCGUUGGGAAGUUCAUUGUUUGGAUGGGGGAAAGGAGAAAGCAAAAAGGAAAAGAAAUUAAUGCGCCGGAGUAGGCCUGUACGUACGGGUCUGACUCUUCCGACUGUUGGCUUUUCUUUUAAUAAGCGGUUGUUUGGUAGUGGUAGAAGAAAAUACGAAGAACCGGAAGAUGCUGCUAGCUAUCUAUCUUUUGCACGCAUGAUGAAGUUUGAAAGGUCGAAUAUGGCAUAUGAUUCAACCGCAGAGUCUCGCCGGUCUUCACCCCUGGUCAUGGAUUCGAUUGAGACUCGAUUGUCAGAAGCAUCUGAAGAUUCUUUAUAUGAGAAGGAAGGGGAAGAUGAAGCAACUUGUGCAUUAACAGCCGAGUACAGCCCGCCAUCAUCGCCAGCAUUAGCUAGGGCACGACCGAUUGAGGUACUGGCACAGGGGAGUCUAGAAAUAUCUGACGACGAAUUUCAGCCAUCGUACAGUCUAGCGUCAGUAUCAUCUAAAUUCCCGUCACUAUCCUCGACGAUGUCACCACCGGAAGUUUAUCGGAAGUAUGGGUCAGCCCGUCCGGAGCCUCCACCAUUUCCGCCGCUGAUACUAGGAGCGGAAGCUCCAUUGCCAUCACCAUCAGGACCACCACCACCUCCUCCUCCACUGCCUCCUACUUCGGGUUUGGUAUUGACAGGUAGGAUGGGGGAGGUGCAUCCUCCUCCGGAUGCAGGCCCACCAAUGCCGGGAGUGUCACCUCCUCCUCCACCACCGCCACCUCCUCCAGCAGGACUACCAACAAGGAGGAUGCCGGUAGUGCCUCCUCCGCCGACUGCCCCUCCAUUCCAACCACCCCGCCCAAAGCCCUCUCCUCGCUUGGAGAGUACUGAUUUGAAAUCGAAGGAUAAAUCUGUCGCAGACCAAGAUAUGAUGUUCGAUUUAAUGCCUCUUGGUAGUACCCUAAGCAUGGCAUCGGAUUCAACCAGUGAUGAUGAGGGUGAUAUAAUAUGGGUGGAGGCGGAACCAAACCAACCAAUGAAGACACUCAAAUCACUAAUCAUGAUUAAAGAGUCAAAGAGGACUCUUUCGGAUUUCAACCACGUGAUAUCUUUACAAAAUAAGGAUGGUAUGUGGUCGUGGGAGGAUCAUGGACACCUAAUAGAUGACUUGUUUGUGAUCGAUUUUCAGGAUAUAUAUGCAUUUUGUUGCCAACUUCCGGUUUUACCGUACGUGCAUCAAAAUCUUCACUCCAUCCUUCUCUCCCUCCUCCUGCUCAUCUAUCUGGAAGAUGUUCUUCCGGAGGUUCUCCCAAAUUUGGAAGACAUCUCUCCAUCUAAUCAGGAUGCAAAUGGUAAAGUUGUGGACUACAUGGAAUGCAUGGGACGCGCGGAAGAAUGGUUCAAACGCCAGGAAGAAGCUCAGCUUCUACCUCUUAAGAUGAUGCUAUUCAAUCAUCUUGAUAGAUAAGUUAAUGAAAAAGGAGGCAAUGGGCGUUAUUUUCGAUCAAUUAUCAGACUAUUUGAUUGUUGCAAGAAAAUUACAUUCAAUUUCAAAUCAAUU